CCUUUUGUAUUUCUCUCUCUAAAACCUCGUCCCUGUCAGUCUGAUCAGUCCCCCUCCACUCUCUCUCUCUCUCUCGCUCUCUAAACCUCACAGAGCUCUCUCUCUAACUUCGAGGAGAGUUCGAAACCCUAGGGAGUCAGAGUCGAAAAUCUCAAAUCAUUCGCAGCUUUGUUCUACAUCUCUUUCACUGCGAAUCUCGUGCUUUCUGCGGUGCUUUCUGGUAACGUUUCUCGACCUUGGCUGUUUCAAAAUCACUGUUUGGUUCUCGGGAAAGCUGCAUUUGCUUAUUUUCUCGCUCACUUUCUGUUGAGUAUCAGAGAAUCUUGAUAUAUUCUUAAUGUUCACUCUCUUUUGUCCAAUUUCCUGUAUACUGCAUUUCCUUAACUUUAAUCACUCUGUUUUGGUUCUUUGGUUAGCUUUCUCUAAUGAUUCAUUUUAAGUGUUUAUUUGUGAAUGUAUGUUUUGGUUCUCAACCAUUUGGUGUUUGAAGAAGUACUUAUGUUGUUUCUAAAUUGUGUUUUCAAGUCUUGCGAAACAAUUAUUGUAAUUUGAUUUAUCUUAUUGGAAAUUGGACCUUUUUUUGUUCUUGUUCUAAUUCUCUUUCGAUUUUUAUUUUGUGGGUUUCCUUGUGAACGCUCUUUCAAUGUUCUAAUUUAAGCUUGUGUUCGGAUGAUCAUUGGAAAUCCAAUUGGUUCAUUGCGUUUCAUGUACUUUUGAGAACAAAUCCUUUCUCACAAGAGUGGUCAUUUGAGAAAUGUUAUGCAAUGAUUGAAAAGAUUAUGAGACGGCAACAUCUUAUGUAAUCUUACAUCGGUUGUUCUCCAUGUUCUUCAAUGGCCCCAUUCUGGAUAAUGAUUUCUUAGCUUCAAGCCCUCUAUGGGCAGUUCCAAUAAAUUUCAUUCUUCAACAAAAUUCCAAUUUUUUAUUUAUUACUUCUAUUCCAUGACUGGAACAGGGGAUAUACACAUCACACCACGAUUUUGAAUCAAAAGAGAGAUCUCAAGAAAUGGUAACAUGUAAGGUCCCACAAGGCCCAGAUGUGUUCCUAACCCUGUAAUUGUUCUUUUACUUUUAGAUUAUUUUCAAUUUUUUCCUAUUCUCUUUGAGCAAAAUUUGCAUAAUCUUCCAGUAAGGUUUACACUUUGUGGGUCACCUUUUUCUACUGUUGAUAAGUAGAUGACAAUAUAAAAGAAAAAUCUUGGCUGACAUUUAAGACCUGACAGGUUUGUACAAACUUCAUCUUUUGUGCAUUAAGAACCACCAAUCCAUAUCCAGUUCUUUCACCAGAUACUUCUAAGGGUAAAUUUUUCCAGGUUAUGGAUUGGGCUGUUUGGGAUGGAACACAUGGUCAAGUUGCACGAUAAAGCAGUUAUAUGGGACGUGAAUGGCAGUGUGACUUUUACUUUGGUUGUGGGUUUGAUGUGAUAGAAGAAAAUGCUUUGAAUGAGAAAUCUUGUAUCCAAGUGCUAAGGAUAUUGAUAACAAAAGCAAAUAAUGAAAUUCUUGAACUUGAAGAAGAUCUAGUCACCCUUCAAAGCCAACUAGCCUGGGCUGAUGAAUCAUGGUCUGAAAUAUGCUCUGCUUCUUUGAGAGAGAAAAUCGACUGUCUCGAUAUUUCAAUACAGAGCUUGAAGAACACAAAUGUACAAGAUGAGCAUGAUUUUGGGGGUUGUUUACUAUUGCACAGAGAACCGGCUGAGAGAAUGCAUGAAAUAGUAAAGGCUAUGCUCGAGAAAUACUUUCACCAGAAAGAUGAGCAGUCCGUUGAUGUAAUUGUCAAAGAAUCAAGCUCAGCUGGUUUGCAACAUGGAAGUGACCUUAUGGUGCAAAAGAAAAGGUUGGGCUGCUCUGCUUCAGAGCCUAUCAUAAAGGAGGAAGUCGAAGAGGCCAAUAUUAUUCUCGCACAAAGACGUGUGAUCUUCCAUUCAUCUUUGAAGUCUCAGGGAAAAAAAACAUGUUUUCCAGAAACUCUUAAGCACGCAAAUUCUUUCAUCAAAACUUCUAGCCUAGCAACUGCAGCUGGCCUCACCAAUGGGAAGAAAAUAUUGAACAAACUGGAUUCAGUAAGCAAUACAAAAUUGGAAGUGAGUAAAUAUGAUAUGACUGUGGCAGACUACUGCAUGACCCAGAAGUCAUCUCCAAAGACUCCAGUGAAGAGAAGAAAUCAAGAACCACCUGUCAACAGCAUUGUUCCAGAAGAAGAUUUAUCUUUGAAACCUAAAAAGAAGGAUGUAGCAGAGAAGGGCAAGCCCAAGUGCACCAUUGCCAAAGAUUCCAGCUCAGAUCAAGAAACUGAUGACUCUAGUCAAAAGAAAGGGUUGAGCAAGUCUGGUUUGAUGAUUAAUGGAAAGAAUGGACUCAAAACACACAAUUCUGCUUCAAAGGAAAGAAGUGAAGUCCUGAAUUCAUCAUUGAAGCCUGCACGGAAACCAAGAACAGCUAAGCUACAUCCUGCUAAUGCUUCCGGUUCAGAUGCAUCAAAACGUGUAAUUGAUCCCAAAGGGAAGAACAAGUUGUGCAGGAUUGAUUCAAAAGUUCAUGGGCAUAAAGAAAUCAAAGAACACAAUUCUACGGACCAAACCGUAAUCUCAAAAUCAUGUUUGCAACAUGGAGGAAAGCAAUCAAAUAUUUCAGAAACAGUUGAGCUUGCAGAUCAUAUUGUAGAGUUCAGAUCUAGUGCUUUACAAGAAGUAUCUGAAGAGUCUGAAGUGAACCCAGCACUAAGCAAAGCCCCGGAUUCUCCUCUGACCAACAUGAUCGACCCUCUUCUCUCGUCGUUUAAGACAGAAAAGAAAAGAACAAAGACUCCAUGGCGAAUGAAAGGUCCAGAAGCUGGUCUGACUGAUACCGAGCAGAAUGCAGCAGACUCACUUAUUGAGUUGAUGUAUCAGAAAAGAAAACAUAUAACCAAGCAACAUCCAAGGGAAGAACAAAAGCAAAAAGCUAAAUUACCUGUUAAUGACAAUGAGUCCAAUUCAAGCUUGCAUCCAAAGCCACAAAAGCAGAGGGCAAAAAGAGAGCAGCAGCAGAAAGCUACGCCAGACUCGCAUGCAGAUAUCAAUGUAGAUUCAACUUUGCUGUCUCAAAAGAAAAGGAAUUGUCAAAGCUCGCCAGUCCUUGGGGAGACUAAAAAGUUCAAGGGCCUUCAAAUUACUCCAGCACAAUUUCGUGCUGAUACAGCUGAAUAUACAGCUGAAUAUACAAGUGUGGAAGACGACCUUUGCACCGCUAAGUGCUCAUCCACUGGUGAUAAUAAUUACAAGACUCGAAAAUGUCUUCCUUCUCCUACACUCCCUCAUCCGGCACCAAGUGGAUUGGAAAAGCAUUUGACAUUAGUUGAUCUAAGAGCCAUUGCAAAGAUAGAAAAGGUGAAAGGAUAUUGCAAGCUCACAAAAGCCAAGCUCCGUGAAGUACUCAGUCUGAAGCUAAUGGAUAGAGGUGGUUGUACAUAAUAGCAAUCCAUCAAGUCCUCUUGUUACUCAUCAGGUAAUUUCUAGUGAUCUUUUUACUUUAGGGACCAUUUUUGGAUGUGGCAUACAGGAAAAGAGGAGAAAAGGAGCCAUCUUGGCAUAGCGUAAAGCUUUAGGUUUCUAAUAUCUCAGUGUUUACAAUCAUUUCUCAACAUGACUGCCCCUUUUUUGUAAUGACCCAUGUACAGAAAAGAAAAUGUCAGGAGAGUUUCAAACUUAGCUUUUUUUUGUACACAAACAUGUGGUAGGUUUUUUCAUUACAAGUAAAUGAUGGGAUCUGGUGGAAAUUAAUGAAAGUAAGGCUUUUUAUGGA